UAUCCAAUGAAAACCGAACCGUUUUGUUGUUAUCCAACUUGUCUUCGUUGUCUCUCUCUCUCUCUCUUCCAGACUUUCUUGAAUCUCUCCUCUCACCUCACACGCCAAUUUCAUUUUCAUGCAUCGCUAUUUCCCCUUAUCUUCUUCUUCUUAUCUCCUAACUAAAUUAUCUGUCUCCAUUCAUGUUAUGGUCAACAAACAACAGAAUCUGAAUCCUCUUUCCCCAUUUCCGGAUCACAAUAACAAACCCUAGAUUUCUAUCUAUAGUCCUUGAUCUUUUCCCUUAAAAGCUGUGAUUUUUGCAAUUGGAUUUUUUCAGAUUCGAUCGAUUAAUUCUGUUGUUGAAUGGACCUUCUUCGAUUGAGCGAAAAGGGUAUCUUUUUAUCUCAGAGAAGAAGGAAAUGGCUGAUUUUUAUGGCGAUUUCUGGUGUUUCUGGCUUUGGAGCUUACAAGGUUUAUCAUUUACCAUCUGUCGCCAGAAAAAGGAAGCGUCUUUUUAAGCUUUUCGGAGCCAUUGUCUCUGUAGCUGAAUUGAUCUCUGAUUCAGCUGAGACCUUAAGUAUCGUGUCACGAGACUUGAAGGGCUUUCUCAAAUCAGAUUCAGAUGAAAUCCCUAACAGCUUGAAGCAGAUCGCGAAGAUCACAACGUCGAAUGAGUUUACGGAUUCGCUUUCUAGGGUUUCUCAGGCUGUGACGAUUGGUGCCUUUCGUGGGUACAAAUCCGAAUCGUCUAGUAACAACGUUGGUGAUUCAGGAAUUGAGAAGAAAUCGGAAUCGAGUGUUCUUGAUAAGGUUUUCUCAGAGGCUGGGACUGGGUUUGUUUCUGUUGUUGUUGGUAGCUUUGCUAAGAAUCUUGUUCUUGGGUUUUACUCUGGUAAGCUCGAGAGUGGUGUGAAAUGUGAGGGUUCUGAUUCUUCAGAGACACCUAAAUGGGUGAAUUUGCUUUGUGAUGAUAAGUGUAGAGAGCUUUUAGCUGUUUGUAUUGAGAGAUUCACUAGCACUGCGAUUGGUGUGUAUCUUGACAAGACGAUGGAUAUCAAUACUUAUGAUCAAAUCUUUGAAGGCUUGACGAAUCCGAAACAUCAGGAUAGUGUCAAAGACGUUCUUGUUUCGGUUUGUAACGGUGCUCUUCAGACUAUUGUUAGGACAUCUCACGAAGUGUUUACAUCUUCAAGGUCUAAGAAUGUGAUAGAAGAGAUCGAAGAUGACGAUUUCAAGAGUAAUUGUUCCGCGAGAAGCAAGAUGGUUUCGGAAUCAGGAGAUGGGAUCAAAAGUAAUGGGUGGACUGAGGCUAUCACAACUACAUUGGCAGUUCCGAGCAAUCGGAGGUUUAUGUUUGAUGUAACAGGAAGAGUAACACUAGAAACGACAAGAUCAAUCAUCGCAUUUAUAAUGUUGAAGACGUUUCAAGGGUUCAGAAAAAGUAUCAAUGUGGUUCAUGAAGAGGUUACAGACAUAGGACGCCAAGCAGUUGAAUAUGUUGGAGCCAAAUCUUCUGUUAUAGUCACUGUGUGCCUCGCGUUGUACUUGCAUAUCAUAAGCGGCUGUGUUCGGAAUUCUCCCAUAGGCGUAAGCCAGCAUUUUUAGUUCUUCAGAUGAAGAACGGAUCGAUUUGGUUUGGAUAUAGGAUAUUAUUUGUUAGGUACACAAGAUUUAUCAGCUCUUUGUUUAUAGUGGAGCUGAUGAUAUUGUAAAGACUGUGUGCGUGUAUUAGCACAACUUGAUUCUUAUUGAUGGAUCAUAUAUAUACAUAUUGAAAAGGUUCUUGGGACAUUGAUGUUUGAGA